AUGAGAGGCCAGACGGCCUGUGGAGUGGAGAAUGGAGUUGGGGCUGUGGAGAGUGGAGGAAACGACGACUCGGAGUCUCAGUCAUGGUCACUCGAGGAGCAGCAGCCUGCAGCCUGCAGGAGGAGGAGGGCCAGAGGCUGGGAAAAUGGAAAUGGCCUAGGGUUUUCUCUGCAAAUAAGGCCCCAGAUCCGCAACUGGGGUGCUUGGCCGAUCGCCUUUGAAGCGCAAUAUCGUCCCUAUCUUGGGAAAUGGCUCAGACAGGAAUGGCCAGAUUGGAAGCCGACGUCAAAGCUGGAACGGAUAAAUACUUGCACUACCUAUAAUGGCCCAAUAAGAAUGGUCAAGGUAAAAAGGAAGAAGCGACCCCCAAUGAGACAGGGACCUAUGAGAAGCCUAAGACAGAGAAGCCGAAGUCAACAACCUAGGCGAAAUUUCUACAUGGAACCAGUAGUAAACCAAACACUGCAUAUGGGCCCCCAGACCCCAGUUUUGUGGCCCCCGCGCUUUCUCAUUAUACGCGAGACUAUUCCCCCAGCUUUUAGAACAAAGAUGAUAUCUACCAUCCCCCCCGGGAUUCCCUCUCCAAAUCCUCCCCCACAUUGGUAUAAUCCCGAGGUCCGAUGCGCGUACCAUGCCAAUUCUCCAGGGCACCCUAUUGACCAAUGUUGGGCCUUCAAACACAAGGUGCAAGAUUUGAAGGAUGCGGGUUGGUUGUCAUUCGAUGCGAAGCCUGGUUGUAUUCAAGAGAAUCCUUUGCCUGACCAUGGGAAGGACAAUGUCGGAAUGAUCGAGGAACAAGAUGGGGAAAAAUUCGAAAGAAGAUGGGAGCAGAUGACGCUAGACUGGGUGUAUAGUGAACUGACAACGGCAGGCCUAGCAGGGUUAAAGGCUAUUUGCCCUAAAGGCGCCCCAUGCACAUGCCAAAAUACUAUGAAAAGAUCAGUACAACAAUGUGAGACUUUCCGGAUUUUUCUAAGUAGCUUGAUUGACAGCAAACGAGUGGAAGUUAGCCGCGUUCAGAAAACAAAUGAAGUUUCAGUCAUAGGGGAAUCUGACCAUCCCCAAUUCACCAAUAGACCAUUUAUCCCCAUCAUGGGAAAAACCCCACGAGUCCCAGAGGCCCCAGUUCGGGUAGUGAUCUCAGCCCCUCGCCCUUUCGCAUACCACAGUGACCAGGCAGUGCCAUGGAGAUACAAUUGUGAAGUACGCACCGAAGGAGAAACUAGCAGUGCUGCUGAAGCAAGAGGGAUAACCAGAAGUGGAAGGGUUUAUACGCCGAAGGUCUUGGAGAAGGUGCAACCUAGCCAAGAACAGGAUAGGAACCUGAAGAAGCCAGUUCAAUCUCAGGAAGCCGAAGAAUUCUUGAAGAUUAUUAAACACAGUGAAUACAACAUUAUUGAUCAACUGAAGAAGAUGCCAGCCCAUAUCUCUGUUUUAUCACUGUUGUUGAGCUCGGAAGCCCAUCGGGAAGCCCUAUUAAAGGCUCUUAAUCAGGCCUAUAUUCCCCAAGACAUCAGCAUCGAUAAUUUUAACCAUGUGAUUGGUGGUCUUACGGCUACCAACUACAUUACAUUCGCUGAUGAGGAGAUCCCCGUGGAAGGACAAGGGCACAAUCAGGCGUUGCACGUUUCCGCUAAAUGUCGAGAUCACAUGAUUGCACGAGUGUUGAUUGAUAAUGGGUCAUCUUUGAAUGUCAUGCCCAUGACGACCCUACAAAAACUGCCUGUUGACCCGUCCUACAUAAGGCAAAACAAUUUGACUGUGCGGGCUUUCGAUGGCACCCGCAGGGAAUCGGUGGGAUCUAUUGAAAUGCCUGUGCAAAUUGGACCAGUCACCUUCGACAUUACAUUCCAAGUCAUGGCCAUAACCCCGUCUUAUAGCUGCUUGUUGGGGAGACCGUGGAUACAUAACACCGGGGCAGUUCCGUCUUCUCUGCACCAACGGGUCAAAUUUGUAGUAGAUGGGAAAUUGGUUUGUGUAUAUGGUGAAACCGAUGUUAUGAUAACAAAGCCCGCUUCCACUCCUUAUGUGGAAGUCACGGAGGAGGCAUUGGAGGACUCAUUCCGAGCCUUCGAGAUCAUAAAUGUCACAACUAUAGUAGAAGGAUCUCCAAUCCCACACCCUCAGAUCCCCGCCGCAGUGCAUAUGAUGGCGUCCGAAAUGAUCAGACAGGGGUACCAUCCAGAAAAAGGGCUCGGAAAAUACCUACAGGGGAUCCGAAAGCCGUUAAUGCUUAAGGAAGUCAAAGACAGAUAUGGCCUUGGCUACAUACCUACGGUGGCAGACCGAAGGAAGAAAGCUGAAGAGAAGAAGAUGCGGAGGGUGGAAAGAAUCACUGGUGAAACAAGCUCCAAGGAAGGACUGUACGUCCCGUCCAUCAGCCAAACCUUCGUAAAAAGCAGUCAAUCCAACCUGGAGGCAGAAUUGCGGCAAUUAAGUAUAUCAGUAUUGGAUGCUGAAGUCCCGUCGAACACUUCUACAGAGUGGAUCCAUCAUCUCCAACCAGGAGUACAGCUUCAGAACUGGAGUUCUUUUGAUUUACCAGAUAUCAUCAUGUAA